ACUCAUUAAACUGUGUUGUGUGUAUCACUGUGCUGUAACACAUGCAUGGAAUGCAGUUCUUCCAACUGAAAUAUGUCUUUCUGACAAUUUUAAGUAUUUCAAUGCAGCAUUGUUUACGUCCGUGUUCAUCUGGCAGCAUUCGUCCCUCUCUCUGCUGGUGCUCUGCUGCAUAUUUCUGCCACCUGCAUUAGUGGAAUAGUGUGAAACCAGUGACAGGACUGUAUAUCAUCCACAUGCAUCCACAUCCUCGUGCACAUGCACAAGAUAAACACGUAGGGCCACCUACAGGUCUUAAACUCCCCAAGCAAUUUUUAACCGCGUUACUUCCAGUUGCAUCACAUUUUCCAUCACCUAUAAAUAACUUAAAGCGAGUGUGUACUAUUUAGAAGAACGUAUACACAGAAAUUGAAUAUAUUGUCCAUAACUAUGUGUUCAUAUAUGUAUAAUCACCUGCAACAAAGAACCAAUGUUUUGUUCGUCAGCUUUGAAUGAGUUGAAUAUAGUUACAUUAGGGGGACCCGACUUCCGUGGAAAUCGCCAUGCUUGAUUACGUUUGCACAAAACGAUCCAGAAUACGACGCAUUCGCGUUGAAUUUCCAGCGCUGCCGGAAACCGGAAAUGGAAUCAGUGGUGCACCACCAAAAAUUAGCUCAGGUGGUUGCGGUAGCAACUUUACCACCAGAAGCCGCCAGGGAAGUACAAAAAUGACACACUGGGGCUUUAAAGUGGCAAUAAGUUUCACAUCAGAUCCCUUCACCCAAGACAAUUACACUUUGUACGUCCUGUCCGUUGACUAUCAGUAUAAAGACCCAUGUGUAUCUGUGCUUUUAGACAAUUACAAAGGUGAUAAACUGCAAUGUGAAGACUAUGGCCAAGAUGUGCAAAAUAUUCCUUCCAGGCAUGGCAAACAGGUUUCCUGCCCAUGUUUUCUUCAUUACAUAGGGAAAGGAGUGAUCGUGAACAUUUCGUCUGGCAUUGCCUGUAUUCCAUUUCCCAUGUACACCCUAUACGCUGCGUCCAAGGUGUUUGUGGAAAGAUUUUCUCAAGGUCUUCAAGCUGAAUACAAAGAUAAAGGGAUUAUUAUACAGACAGUGGCUCCAUUCGGGGUCUCCACUCGAAUGGCUGCAUACCAACAAACCAACAUAGUGACAUCUUCACCAGAGGACUUUGUGAAAAGCUCCCUGCAGUACCUCCGAGCCGGAGACAAAACACACGGCAGUGUCUGUCACACAGUCAUGGGCUGGUUACUGCAGUCUAUUCCUCUCCAGGUUAUCUAUGCAGAAUCUGUGUUAAGCAGCCUCCAAGACUAUAUCAAGAAGAAAACCGGGUACGAGGCAUCCAUCCCUGAAUCAAGUCCAACUUUCAAAAUACAGUUAAAUGAACAGGAAGAGUAAUUUACACUCAUUUGGCUCAAAUACUUGUGCAGUAAAUACAAUUAUAAUUAUGGAACAGGUCUUCAGAAAGCUAUAUUUUCUGUUUCUCAUGAAUGGUCUAACUUGUUUACGUAUUAAUAAUGGGCAUUGUAGCAGUGUAGUAGUCCUUGUGUGGUUUUAACAUUAUGGGUAAACCAGCCUCAGGAAAGCACCUUAUAUUUUUGAUUAUUAAUGUUAGUAGGGUUUGAUACCAGCGGCUUGUUUUGUUGGUGAAAUUAACUGUAUUUGCAAUUCAGCAGCAUGAUGCCCCCAAAGAAGCACACUUUCAUAACUCUGUGGCAGUGACACGCAAAUGUCCCUGAAAUGUAUUUUUUGGAUCUUAUUUACUUCGUCAUUUGGUCAAUCUAUCUGCCCCAUUUUAUUUGAAGAGUUGAUAUGAGUCUUUCAAAGGUGAAAUGAAAACCGUGUGUGUGUGUGUGUGUGUGUGUGUGUGUGUGUGUGUGUGUGUGUGCGCGUGCGCGUGCGCGCACACUGUUCCCCAUAGUCAUAAAUCUUACGGAAUAAGAAUAUUGGUGAUAAUGAGUCUGGCGCCUGAAAGGAGCUGUCCAAUUCUGUUAUUCACACACACAGACACACACACACACACACACAUGCACACACACACACACACCUGUUACUGUCAUUAGCAUCCUCCUUCCCGCUCUGACAUGGAGGAAACAUUCGAUCAGAUGAGUACACCAGGCGACUUAGCCAUGGUGUCAGUCACAGUUCUGAUUUCCAGAAAAAACGGUUGAUGGUGGAAGUGAAUUGAUGCGCCUCCGUACUUGGCGCCUGAGAAAUGGGAAUACCCCCGGAGACCUGCGUUGGACAUCCUGCUGCGUUUGACAUCCUGCUGCUUACAGGAGGAUGUACGGUGUUUAAAGCAAAGGUUCCCAUAUCUGUGCACGCACAUAUGCAGAAGCAGACACACAGAGCUAUUUGAAUUAGUAUGUGCUACCGAGAUGUUUGACUGAAAAGAGCCACUAAUCACGGGUUGACCAGGCUGUUUAGACAGCUGUGAUGAACGAUCCUCCCCAUGAGAGAUAGUGCAGGCAGUAGGAAAAGGGUGUGUGUGUGUGUUUGAGAGAGAGAGAGAGAGAGAGAGGAGGUCAGGGUGACCCUGAGCUCAGAUGAUUCAUGCCUGGCCUGACUGUUUGAACAAGGCAAUGGAUAUGUCAUAAUCACACAUGAAUAAAAGUCUAAGCUCAUUUGAUGAUUAAUGAGACAGUUACAGAACAUUGGCCACAAUCCAAACAACAAAACCAGCUAAAAGUCUAUUGGUCUGCAAAUUAUUAGUGGCCCAUAGUGAUAAAAGGAAAAUGCAAUCAUGUAUGCUUUUUGUUUAUCUGGAAUUCUGAACCAUAAUAUUUAAUAAGAUAAUUUACUUCCUUAGGCAGGGUUAAUAAUAUUUGUUAGUCUUUUUAAUCUGUUGUAUGUUUUUUUUGUCUGUUUUCCUCUCAAUAUUAAUAUUUAUGUGAACAGUACAUUUCUGAAUGCACUCCUAUACAUAGAUUGGUUUGAAAUAUGGGUUUAUAUAAAUAUAUAUAUGUGUGUGUAAGUAUUUGGAAACUUUGAGAUCUUAACUUCAAUUUUAUAUAAAAAUAGUCCCGUUGAACAGUAUUUGGCUGCACAGCAUGAAUUUGUACUCAUUGUCCCACAUCAGCGAGAUAGUGGGGUUGAAGCAAACACGUUUCUGAAACAUCAACCCAUCCAUCAUCAGCUAUGAUAAAUUAUUAUUAUUCAUCCUUGAAUCAUAAUAUGACCUUGGGCGUUUUCAUUGGAAGCAUAAACAUCGUAUCAGUGUGAUUAUGAACUGAUCAGAUAAAAGCACAAAUAAACAAACUGGUGACAAAUACACUUUUUUUUAAAUCUGAAAAAGUACAUUUUAUCUGACACCCUCCCCUUAUUAUAUUCUAAAUGUGUCCCUGGAAUAAACUAAACUGAAAAUUUGAUGCUUGAGCCAUCAGUCCUAAUGCCAUACAUAAUAUCUGGGGCAAAAGAUGCAGCAACUUGGUCUCCAGAGUCCAUUAGGAUGUUAUGUAUAAAAUGUGGUAUUUUUAAGCCAAGCCAAGUCAGUUAUAUUGAUUUCUGGUGACUGUGUAACAUUUUCUAUCUGUAUGUUUCUGUGAGUUACAUUUAUAAAAAAAAUAAAUGCAUUGAUAUCACCUUGAAUCGCAGAAUUUCUCUGACAAGCUUUCUUUACAAAACAUACAACAUUUUUCAUCCGGAGAGCCUACACAUCUCAUGCAUUAUAAAAUCUAAAGCAAGGUUUGUGAGGAUUAAAACCGUGUCCAUGGUGAAUCUCAAUAUGGCCACUAGAGGGCACAAAAGGUUCACACUGCUUUCUGCCUCCUGUCAUUACAUUAUUGCAGGACACACACACACACACACACACACACACACACACACACACACACACACACACACACACACACACACACACACACACACACACA